CCCACCUGAGAACUUGGACACAAUCCGGACCCCCUGAUCUUGAGCACAGUUCGCUUGUUCACUCGGUGCCAGUCUCCAAACCCGCAAGGUGCUUAUCUUGUGCAGCAGCGUGCGGUUCGGCGUUGCAGGGUUGGAAGCCACGCGUAGGGACCUACCUAUCCAUCACCACAGCACGGCCUGGUGCAUUGCGUCCGACAAGAGUCUUCAAGUCUCUCCUUUUUACCCUCUCUCAUACCGGACUUAUUCACGGCGAGAAUGGCGGAAGAAGUCUCCACAGCGAUGGCGACGGACGAAAACCGAGACGCUUCACUAGCAAGAGGCUCCCGUGCAACAAGUCCCGCAACCUCGCGCAUUGUUUCCAAACCUCUCCAGGAAAGGGCCCCGGCUUGCCCACCGAGCUCACUGACCGACGAGCAAUUCAAGACCCUUCGGUCCUACUAUCGCAAGAACCCCGAUCUAACCAGAGAGCGACGGAAGAGCCUGGCGGCUACACUGCAUGUAUCGGAGAAGACGGUUGUUCAGUGGUACGCAGAAAACCGUCGUCUGACUGCCGCCGCCACAGCGGCUGCUGCUAGAAAGGCAACGAAAUUGCGCCGGUCCCCGAAGGCUUCAGGAACCGUGCCGAAGGAAAGGGACGCCGAGAAAGUUGAUAAACAGUCCCGGCGAAAGGAGAGCAAGAGCAACAAGGAAAACAUGGACCACGUCAGAGCGGAAGAGUGCAUAGUUCUCGACACCCCGUCACCGGCGACCGCAAAGAAGAUGCUCAAACCAUUGACAAUCAUGCGUCGGCAGAGCACUCCGCCACCUCCUUACCCAGCGAAAGCUUCUCCCAUUCCACCUCUCGCUGCCGAAGAGACGCUAAAGAGUCCAAACCAACACGAACCUGCUCAGUCUCAGCCAGCGGCCACCCCGAUAUCUUCCCCAAACGCAGUCAUUAUUGUUGAGAGCCCCGUGGCCGUCCCAGACAGCCCGACACCCGUCGCAAGGAGUAGACCCGCUAGACAGUCUUCACCCAUGUGUCAGCAACCCACUUCGUCGCCGGUUCCGCAAGCUUUCUACCCGCAAAUGACGCCUCAAACGCAAUUGAUGCCUCAAAUUUGUCCACCAAUGUAUCCGCCGCAGUUCUUUGGCUACCAACCUAUGGGUAUGGGCAUGGGCCAACCGAUCGGCAUGGGUAUGCCGAUGAUGUCCAUGCAUAUGCCGAUGAUGCAAUGGCCGUACAUGCACAUGCAAAUGCAGAUGCCCUUUCCUCAAUUCCCCCAGGCGAUGCCUAUACUUCCACCGUCGCAAAUGCAUCCGAUCCCCAUCGCACCGCACCCGCAUCCGGACUCCCAGUCGUCUCAACGUGCCGCGAAGCGAGAACUGGAUGAGUCGGACAGCAAGGAACUAGCCCAGAACAAGAGGCGCCACACCACGGCAGAACCAUCGGCGCCGUCCACGCAGCCGAAAUCUUCCAAACCUGUGAAGAUGUCGGCUCUCCGCCCCGAUCAGCCGAUGUUGGCGAAAGCCAGCAAACGCAGUCAGAGCGCCAUGCCGGCAUCAAAGAAAAAGACGAUCCCCAAGAAAAGUAGUACUGCUGCACGAAGCACGACUCCGACUAGGACGCCUGUGACGCUUUGCAUUGAUCUCUGCUCACCUGAGUACCAGCCUCCUACAAGAGCAAAAGAGACUGAUUCACCGUCCAAUGGAAGCACCUAUUCGGUGAAAGAGAACAUCUCCCCGUCCAUGGAAAUGGCAAAGCUACCUGCCAAGAAGGUCACUGCCGCGAAACAGAGUCCCGUCCGAUCUGAAGCGGAGAAACAAGCCGAUGCUGAGAUGCUGGAAAAGCUUUUCGGCGACACGGCUCCUGUUCAACCUCCAACAUCAUCAUCGUUGUCGAUCGAUGUCAGCGCCAAAGCAGUCACAGCAGCCACAUCCGCAUCACUGUUCGAUCCGGCAUUACACUUCGUCACCUCGCCUCUGGAUGGAUUCGCGGACCUGCCCGCUGGUGGGUGGGAUCUGGCCAACUUCGACCCGGACCCCAAUGCCGCGCGGAACUUUUGGGAGUCGCCCUUCAGCAACCUGGAUUUCGGCUCCGAGUUCUCCGUCGCGUCUCCUCUCACGACCUUUGGCGAUCUGUCGUCGAUGGCUGACGCCGCUGGUGAAGGAAUUCAUGCGAUCCCGGGUUGCGGGUCAAACAGCACAGUGUCGAACGGUGCCGCGAAAACAGGCAACCCGCUUGAUCUCGAAAUACUCUUCGACGGACAUCCUCAAUCAGCCCAUAUCAUGGCCCCCGCGAUUGACCUGAGCGAAGCUGUCCCUAAUACCCUCGCAGACAAUGAGGUUGCGACGCCAGGAGAUACCCUCCCGGCCAUCACUUUCCCGCAAUGGGACCACAAUGAUUUGGACGACAUUCUUGCUCAGCUCCACAGCGACAAUCCGGGCGACGACAACCUGGCUUCGAUCCGGUCCCCGGAUUUGCCAGACGAAGUCGAUGUCAGCAACCUCCCGACGCUUGACUUCCAUACCUCCGUGUUCAACACACAUCCUGGAUCGAUCGACGGGCAAGCUUUGAUGAGCGAUUUUGACCAAUUCUUCCUAUACAACAACAUCAACGAACCGAUGCUACUUCCCACGAUGUCCGAGUGCGCACCAAGUUCUCCCAUCAUGGCAUUGCCAGCUCUUGCUGGUGAAGCCGGGAUGGAUGACCCGGGAGCAGCGUACGGAUUCCCGCUUCUCGACAUUGACGGCCCCACGGACCACGACGUGAGGUUCGCCGAUGCACCGACCGACGAGAAAGCGUCCGGUAAUGCGGAAGCACCAUUGCUGCCCAAGGAAAGGGCAAACUGAACAGCACGCUUACUGCGACGAACUCUGACCACACAUCUGCGCGUUCGUCAAGCCCCGGCAUUGGACUCGAUCUAUUUGCUUCCAAUCCCCGAGCUGUGUUUUUGGACACAAUACCCCUGCCUUUGCUUUUGUUGCGCCGACCUCUAGUCUCAGCAGCCCACAGUUUUGAUUUAUGUAAUCUGUUUCCCCCGCUCAAUUUUGAUCUAUCCAUACAUGUUUUUCACAUCCUCCGCUGUAGGAUAGAACCCUAUAUCCCUCCUCCUCCUCUGCAUCAUGUGUGUGGGAGACCCGUGAUAUUUGAUCACAAUUUUGUUAAAAUGAGUAGAAAAUAGAAAAACCUAUGAAAG